AUGGCGAAAAGUGCUGAAGAAGCUGCGCUAGAAUACAGGCAGGCAUUGCAUGAUUUGAAAGAUAACAAUAAAAUGCAAAUUAAUUUGAUGACUAUUCUUGCUGAUGAUUACAAUUCGUUUUCGAAAGAAAUUGUUGCUGUUAUUGCUCAGCAGAUUAUGAAAGUUGUGCCACCUCAGAAAUUGGCUGUAAUGUAUGUUAUGGAUUCGAUAUUAAAAAAUGUAACUGGAGCUGGUAACUACAAAGAGCAUAUUGAAAAGAUUGUUUAUAAAGUCUUUCUGCAUGUUUUUGAAACGGGUGAUGAAAGGACACGUUUGGCACUGCAUAAACUCAGACAAACUUGGACAGGAAUAUUUCAACGUUCAACGCUAUAUAAAAUAGAUUUGGCCGUAAACGCAAUUGAUCCAGCUUGGCCUAUCGUUACUCCUCAACCAGCUAACACUCCAUUACCUGGACAUAAGCCACAACCUGUUGUAAUGACGUCACACCAACCUCGAGCAGCAGGGAAAGUUCAUGUCAAUCCACACUUUUUGCAGAAAAAUUCUGUUACAGCUACGUCUGCUACUGCUACUGCCACUGCUACUACUGCUACUACUACCAGUGCUACUGUUGACAACAAAUUGCAAAUGAAUUGUGACAAGAAAAAGAUAGGUUUGGAUCCAAGAUUGAUGAAACAUCCUGAUGGAAUAGUAGCUGGCAGACCAGCACCGUUACUUGCGACUCGACCGGAAAAUGUCAUCGUCAAGCAAGAACCAAUCGAUAGCAGUGAUGUUGACGAAAGAUUAAAUAUACAACAGACUGGCAAUCUGUUGGAUAGUGCAAGCCUUCGGAGUUUCGGACAUAGAAAAGAACAAGAAUUCGGCGGGCGUUCACCAAACGACAUAAAACGUAAGUCGCCGCCAUGUGUCUCAGAUCUGGAAACUGUGGAGAAGAAACCCCGAAUACGCACACCACCUCAAGACAAAGAUCGUCGUACGAAUUCACCUUCGACAUCUUCCAUAAUACGUCCAACAAAUGAUCUCGGUUCUCAUGCUUUCAUUACAACCGCACGACGCGCGCAAGUGGCUUCUAAUACAAAUAUGAUAACAGCGCCCCCUACUCCGGUUAUAGUUCCAGUUUCUGGGCCAGUGAUUUUACCCGCAAUUCCAUCUACCUCAGGCCCACUACCAUUUCUACCACCUAUAAUGCCAACGGUACCUCUACCAAUGCCAGUGCACAAUAUGGUUCUAGCAGGUCCCCCUGUAGUACCAGGCUCUACAAAUACACAAGAUUUAACACGAACCGAUCCAAAUCAUGUACCACCAAUCAUCAAUAACGAAACUCCAAAGCUGGAAGGUAUUCCAGCAAAUAACAGAAUAUUUGUGGAUGGUCGGGCUUACGAAGUUUCAUACAUUAAUGAUGUCCCAGUCAUCGAAAGGAAUGGUCUGCCGCAUAGGAUCUAUUUUACGGGUGUGCCACGAAAUGUAAUCAUUGAUGGUGUCGCUUAUCAAUUAGCAUUUGGUGAAGAAAGAAGGGUGAUUAUUGAUGGCGAGGAGCACAUUUUAAGAUUUGGAGCACCAUCACGUGAACUUUAUAUGGGAACAUAUCCAUUCAAAGGUGCAUUUGGUGGCCCACCAAUUUUUGCUACGAUUAACGGAGUACGCCAUGAAAUACGAUUGGGUGGACCUCCACCAGAAGUUAAAAUUGAACCUGAUCCAUGUUAUGAGCUAUUGCGAUAUAUGCCUCGUACAGGAGCUGAUACGUCGAAUAAAACUACAGCUGCGAGUGGUACUGAACCGCAAACAACGGUUGAUGUUAAGGGUUUGCUUGCCAAACUGCAACGUACGGGGAUACUUUCUGCUUUGAAUGCAAAUAACAGAAGGGAUGAAACAGGAGGAGAUUCGCCGAAUCGACCUGUUACACCACCUAUUCCUUCUGAACAUCGUGGUGAAGUAACCGAAAGGUUGCCAAAGCCACCAACCGAUCUUAAAUCUUUCUCAAUGCGCGCUCUCAGAAUACGAUAUACAUCUGUUGUGGAAAGCCUUCAUCAAAAAAGACGUCUUUGUCCUACUUGCGGUUUGCGUUUUAGUGAAUUGAAGGGUGAAAGAUACCAACAGCAUCUUGACUGGCAUUUUCGUGAAAAUCUAAAAUCAAAUGAAAGUUCACGUUGCCGUGAUUGGUACUUGCCAGCUGAUGAAUGGUAUGAGUUUAGUGAACAAGAAGAAUUAACAGCGUCAACAUCAGCAACUCGUCUUACUGGUGGCGGGUCUAAUGAUGUUACGAAGGAUACAAAUAGGGGGACGUAUAGCGUGCCAUCCGACUCAGUUCCAUCUAAGGAAUGUGGUGUGUGUAAAGAGAAAUUCGAGGAAUACUGGGAUGAAGAUGAUGAUGUUUGGAAGCUUCGAGACUGCAUGCUUAGCCAGGAUGGAAGAAUAUUCCAUCCAGGUUGUAUAUUGGAUGCAUCAGCCAUCAAAAUACCAGAUGAGGAUAGCCCAAGUGAAGAAGAACAGAGUGAUAAGUUGUCAUUUCUGAAAUCUUUGAAAUUAAAGAAAGAUUUUUCUUCUAGUACUGUAAUGAGUUGUCUGUCUAUUGUGAUUGACUGUGAUGCUCGUCAUUGGGGUGAAUUAGCUGAGAAGGAGAAUAAUGAGAAAGUAAUUUCUACACUGAUCCAUUCUAUUAUGUCAUAUACUACAGCACAUAUGUCAAUUUCUGCAGCGAAUCGUAUAGUCAUCAUUGGUGUUGAUGAAGCACUUUUGGAACCAACUAUCUAUGUUACAAAUGCAGCAACAGAUAUAGAUAUGAGUUUAUCAGUAAAAACGGCAUUACGAAAUGCGCUUAAAAAAUCGGCGUCCACAACAAAUGCAACAGAAUCAGCCAUUUUCGCACCUGCCUUUGCUACUGCUAUUUGUCAUAUUUCUCGGUACAAGAAUGAAGUUGACAACGGAGAUGGGCGCAUCCUUGUUAUCAACAUUGGUAGUGACCUGCUUGGAGAGCAUAAUAUUUUAAUGAAUAUCUUCUUCGCUGCUCAUAAGCAUAAUAUUCUCAUUGAUGUGGCCAAUAUUGGUGAAACAUCGCCAAUUUUGCAGCAGGCAAGUGAUAUUACUGGUGGUACUUAUUUCAAUCUUAAAAAACCGAAACAGUUCCUGGAAUAUGCAAUGUGCUUUACACUUGGAAGAGGAUCGAUACGUUCGGCAUUUCCAUCACCUUCAUCAUCGACUUCGGUGGAUUAUCGUGCUAGUUGCCAUUGUCAUAACGCUCCAGUAAGAUUUCUGAAGGAAACAGAACCUUGGAAAUCUUCCAGUAAUCCAUCAAUAUUUACAUAA